UUCUGGGGAAAUGGCGGCGCAGAGGCUGCGGCUUGGAGUGGCAAAGCUCUUCGAGAUGUCCUUGGCGCUGGGGCGCCUGAGCCGAACAUACAGCACAUCUCAGGUUUUUGCUGAGGUGCUACAGCUGCCGACGAGACAGCUGACGAAGCUAGUGUACCCGCUGCAAGAACUCGAGCGCCAUCUCGCCCCGAACACGAGGCCCGAACUUAACCUGAGGAUCUUCGACCCGAGCCUGGAGGACAUCGGGAGGGCGGAGAGCUGCUUCUCGGCCACCGCCCGGAGCCGCAUCGAGUACCUCACCUCCGCCGUCCGUCUCGACCACGCCCCGGACCUCCCCCGGCCUGAGGUGUGUUUUAUAGGCAGAAGUAAUGUUGGAAAAUCCUCUCUAAUAAAGGCUUUAUUAUCACUGGCUCCCGAGGUUGAAGUCAGAGUCUCCAAAAAACCGGGGCACACAAAGAAAAUGAAUUUUUUCAAAGUUGGAAAAUAUUUUACAUUGGUGGACAUGCCAGGUUAUGGCUAUAGAGCACCUGAAGAUUUUGUUGACAUGGUCGAGACCUAUCUAAAAGAACGAAGGAAUUUAAAGAGAACAUUUUUAUUAGUAGAUAGUGUUGUUGGAAUUCAAAAAACAGACAGUAUUGCCAUAGAAAUGUGUGAAGAGUUCGCAUUGCCUUAUGUGAUGGUAUUAACAAAAAUUGACAAACCUUCCAAGGGACAUCUUUUAAAACAAGUGCUUCAGAUUCAGAAAUUUGUUAACACGCAAACACAAGGAUGUUUUCCUCAGUUAUUUCCUGUAAGUUCUGUGACCUAUUCUGGAAUCCAUCUGCUGAGAUGUUUUAUAGCAAAUAUAACAGGAAAUCUUCACUAAUGGCUCCAGUUUAGCCAAAUAUACAAAAUUCUUUGUGCCAACUGGAGUUAAUCACCUAGAAGAGUUUCAACAUUGUUUUAAAUAUUGUGUAUCUGUAAAUUACAGGAGGAUCACUUCAGCUUUAAAACCUGCAUCUUCCCAAAGCAAGAAUGAAUUUGUGCCUGGGGAAAAAAAAGGUUUAUAAGUGAUUGAAUUUUACUGUUCAUUAGAACAGAUACUAGCUGAUUUUUCUAUUCUAACAAACUGACGAGUAUAUAGAAGUCCAUAAAAUGAAAACUUAAUCUACUAUGUAGAGAAGCGUUUACCAUAUUAUUUAUUGGGCUUUUGUCUUUUAAAGAAAGUAUGUGUAUUGUUUUAAAUAUUAAAGUGGACUAGGUAAAAGGGGCUGCUUUUCUGUUAAGUGUUGAUUGGUAAGUUGAAGGAUAAGUGCUCCUUUGUUAGUCUAUAAUUAAGGUUUUUUCUUAAGUUCUUAUUUGAAUAUUUAAAAAAUUAUUCUUGAUAAUAUCUGUCAGUCCAUCGUAGAAACACCAGUCAUUUCAGGCUGGGAUCAUUCACUUGCAGGUGAACACAGGAUUCAGAGUUCAAGUUCUAGUAAUAAUAUUUAUUAUAUCUUGGGCAAAUUACUUGAUUUCUCUGAACUUCAUUUGUAACUGUAACCUCACAAGCUCUCAAGAUUAAAAUAUUACAUGAAGUAAUAUAUGUGGGAAGAAUGGCUGCAUAUUUUUAAAGCCAAACCAACCAAAGAACAUAUCAAAAUUCAUAGGAAGAUCUAUCACAGAAAACAUCUUGUCAUGGGGUAGGUAAAAUUUUCUCUAACGAAAAGCAAAAAACAAAAGUAGCUUUAAGUGAGAAAACUAAUUUGUAAAGGGUGAGAGAAAAAAGUUGGUGGGACAGUUUAGAAUUGGUAUAUUUAAGGUUUAGACUGGAAAGAUAAAGCCUUACUUUGAACUAAAGUUAAUGGAAAAGAUUUUUGUGAAGAUGCCACUGACCUAUUGACGUAAGUGGCUUAACUUUUCUAAGUGAGGAUAAAUAUUAAAAGGUGAUAGUUAUAGUGCUGGGUAGAAAAACUAAGGCUAUAAACCAACUUUGUGGCUUUUUUAGAAAAUUCAAUUCUGAAUGUAUUUUCAGUUGUUUUAUAGUUGGUAGAAUUGGUCUAUUUUAUUCAAACUAGCAAUGUUUUAAGCCAAAAAAAAAGAUUUUUUUUAAGAUAGGCAUUCCCUUAAGUAAAAUGCAUGGGUGAUAAAAGAAUUAUCUUAGACAUCAUCUUUCUGCCAGUGUUAUUUUACUGCUUGUCUUUCCUGAGGUUCUAAAAACAGAGCCUGAGACAAAAGCUUGCAUGUGGUAGUUAUUUGGGGAGUGAUCCCAAGGAACAAAAGUGGUGAAAUGAAAUAGAAGGAAGGAAAGCCUAUCAGUGAUGCACUGAGUUGACCAAACCACAGGCACUAGUGCUUGCUUGAGGGACCUUGUGAGGAGCCUUAUGAAAUGUGCCUCUGAACUGGCUUUGAGGAGGGGAUGGCCCCACACGGCUUCCAGGUCGUACAUGCCCAAGUGCCAAGCAGUUCUUGCAGCUUGUCAGAAGCCCAAGGGCAGGAAGUAAGAGGUCCCAGAGCAGAUUACAAGGUCCAGAUGCACUUGAAACUGGUUACCACAGCAGUAAAUGAAGUAAGAAGGCCAAGAGGGUUUGAAGUGACUCACAGGCCUUGUACACUGCUUUCAUAAAUGACCUGAGUGCCCUAAUGCCACUAGAAGGGGAAAAAAUUGGUGUUUACUAUGAUGACUCUGACAAGUUUCUAAUCUCACCUUCUAGGUAACUAAUGAUUUGUAUGUAUAUUUUAGAUUUCAUUUUUAAAAAUUCAAAAUAUCUGAAUUUAAGUUAUAUGGAACAAUUAACUGAUAUAGAAUUUUACAUUCCUUAUAAAUACAUAAAUUAUCAUUUUGUGGAUACAUAUGUUAAGCUUUUUACUAUUUUCCCAGAACUAUAAGGGGCAGGAGAUGGGGAAAGGUGGAGAUGAAGAUAUUUACUCUAAAGGAACAUUAAUGAAGAAGGAAAAAAAUGAUAGGUUGAUAGUCCUAUCCAGGCUUUAUAGUUCUACCGCCGUAUAUGACUGAAUCACUAUGGGUUUUCUAAUGGCGCGAUGCCAUGGACUGAAUGUGCCCCCAAACUCACUGAAGCUUAAAUUGUCCCCCCCACACACAAAGUUCCAUUUGGAAUUCUGGUUUCCACUGUGACAGUGUUGAGAGGGUGGGAAAUCCUAUUAUGGUAGUUGAAAGGUAGGGCCUUGAAGAGGUGAUUAAAUUGAUGGUUUAAUGGUGGUUGUCGAUGUGGUUCUGAGGGCUUUAAAAGGAGCACACAUGAGAGUCUCAGCUCCGCCAUUUUCUGCCUCAUUGAGACCCCUGCAUUGCUGUAAAGCCGUGAAGAAGACUCUCCAGACAUGUUCCCUGGACUUGUGACUUCCCAGCCACAGAAAUUGUGUGUAAGCAAUAAAUUUUGUUUUCUUACAAAGUACUCAGUUCCAAGUAUUUUGUUAUAAGCAGCAGAAACAGACUAAUACAAGCAUCAUCUCCAAAGUUUCUUUCAACUAUAAAAGUUUAAUAUUCAUAAACAGAAGUGCCACUUCAGAUGCAAAAACCUAAAUGCAGGUAAACUGACUAGCUCAGUGGAAUCAUGCAAAUAAAACAGAAGCAAGACUAGACCUUAAAUCUCCUAAUUCCCUGAAUUUUUUUUUUAAUCUUCUGAAUCAGAAAUUGAGACAUGAAGUCUUAUAAGAAAGAGGCUACUAAAAGGAAGGUUGUGCAUAAAUAUAGACAACUUCCAGGAAAUAAACCAAGCCCUAUGGUAAACAAUGUUCUACCAGUGUACCAAGUUAUACUGGUAGGUGUAUGAUACCACACCAGUUCUCUCUUACUGAUUUACCUUCAUUUCCCAAUAUGUAAAGGGAAUACAUUGGCCAUUCAGAAGUUGCUUAUAACAGAAUAUCUAAAACUGGGUGAUUUAUAAAGAAAUUUAUUUCUUACAGUUUUUGAGGAUGGGAAAUCCAAGGUCAAGGGAGCACAUCUGGUGAGGGUUUUCUUCCUGAGGGUGGAUUCUCUUCAGACCCCCAGGGUAGCACAUGGUAUCACAUGGCAAGAGGUCUGAGCAUCUUAACAUGCUCAUUUGCUCUCUCUACAAAGCUACACAUGCCGUUCCCAUGGUAACCCAUUUAUCCAUUCACUCAUUAGUCCAUGAAUGGAUUAACCCAUUCAUGAGAGAAGAGCCCUCAUGAGCCAAUCACCUCCCAAAGACCCCACCUUUCAAAAACCAUAGCUGGAUUUCCCACCCUCUUAAUAACCGUUGCAGUGGGGAUCAAGAUUCAGUAUGAGUUUUGGGGGGACAUUCAAACUACAGCAGUGGUCAUUUCUAGACUUGUCAUUAAUGAAAUCUCCUUGGUAUUGUCCGUGUUUUAGGGCACUAACUAGCCACUACCACCUGGUAGGAAGCCAGAAGGAAUAUACACAAUGAAAAGUGACUAGGGAUUAAGACUUUGAAUUAAACCAGGAUAUUUAACAAAGUUUCAGGACAGAAGCUGAACCAGUGUUACUAUUUAAUUCUGGAUUUGGGGCCACUUGUAUCAAAAUCACCAGAUUUUCUUUAAAAAUGUUGGCUUCUGGCCCAUAUUUAUCAAUGUCUGGGAAGGGGCUGAGAAUCUGCAUUUUAAAAAAAAUCUACCAGGUAAUGGACAAAAAGCCUAAAGUUUGAGAAACACUGGUAUAAAUAACAGAAAAUGCAGAAAGCAAACAGGGAAAAGACAAGGCCAGACAAAGAAUGGAAAGGAAAUACAAAAAAAUUGAUAGGAUGGCCGAGGAAAGGAAGGAUACAGUAUAUUUAGGGUAGUAUUUUCCUGUAAAUCUGUAUGUAACAACAUAGAACUUAAGGCUACUACAGAAGCUUAUUAACCUAAUUCUAGUUCAGUUAGGAUGUUUGAAAGAUACUUUAAACUUCACAUCGUUAUUUGAAAAUACAUAAGAUUUACCAUCUCAGAGCAAUUGUACAAGCAGUGUCCAAAUAUCAGAUGAUAGCAUCAGUACCAAAUUAUAAAUUCAUGUAUUAGCCUCAUUCCUGUGUCUAUUUUGUGUCUCCUACCCUAAUUUUUUCAUUUUACUUUCUUACCUACCUCUUUGUUGUCCAUGUAUAACCCACAAGCCAUCUCAUAUCCUUUUUGGAAAAAAGUUUUAUUUGUAAUCAAUCACUGGCACCCAAAUAAAUAAACACAAGUUACAAAAAAUUAAAACCUUUUGAAGAAUUGCAAAAGCAUUUUAACAUGCAUUCCUUAGAGACAAGGUGAACAAAUAAAGAGAAAGAAUGCUUGUGACCAGUCCCCGGUAAUACAAUUAAUGGCAAAACUUUUGAGUGCCUUUGAUGAUCAAUUCUAAUAUAUUAACAAGACAGCACAACUGUCAGACUCUACAAACAUUGGUUUCAGAGGUGGACUUUUACAACAGAGCCAAUAAGGCCAAAGUGACCUUUUAGGUGCUUCCUUGCUACUUCCCACUCUGACUCCCCAUUUACCAUAAGACACAGCGGUUUUUGCAGACUUAAUUUGUCAGGUCUUAAUUCCCUGGUAAAUCAUAAAGUUAUUCAAUUUUCAGGGACCUGCCAGCCUCAGUCAAGAAAUUACAUCUGCUGCUCAAGGGCAGGCUAUGGCAGAUUUUUCAUCUUAAUGCCUGGCACGUAGUUGAAGCCCCCCAAAAACUUGAUUAAAUGACACAAAGCUACUAUGUUCACCGAAUUGAAAUGAACUUCUGUUCAUUGUUGCACUAAAACAGUUCCUGCGUCCAGGUGGUAAGUUCAGCAGUUCCACUUAAAAUAGCAGAAUGUAGAACCAGCUUGUUAAGCCCUUAAAAUUCUCACAUAUGAACACCUAAACUCCCACUAAAACAAAAAUAUCAUCAAUCUCAUCUGUUUCCUUAAUGAUUCCUGAUGUACUGUGUUUGUUUAUUUGAAUCAUUGUCCUUGAAUCAGUUUCAUUUUCAUUGCUUCCUGUAAGAUUUUUAUGAAUCUGUUUCUCCUUAGUUUGUAUGACAGGACUUGAAAUUCUGCUACUCAAGAAUUUCUUACUGUUGGAGUAGAGAUCAGUUCUAUGAACUGUACAGUGUGAGAGUCUCCACUUAGCACUGGUAUCUGUAGCACUCUUCUGAGACCCUUGAGGGAACUGCUGAAUUUCCUUUAAAAGAGUCGAC